CUUUAGUUGACAUUUCGUAAAAAUAAUUUAGUAGGUUAUUUUGCUUUCUGAUAUUGUUCAUAAUUUUUAAAAUAAAAUAAAAUGAACUUUGGAAAAAUUCUGCGCGCAUCCAGCGUGCAAUGGCAGUUGGCACGAGAUUAUGCCUUCAAAACGGAUUUGAAAAUCAAAUGGAUACGUCCGGAGAAAAUCCCUUGCACAAAGCCGGAGAAAAGUGGCGAUUUAGGAAAAUUACCUCCAAUUAAAGAAAAUGAGUUAUUGCUGCAUUUUAAAAACUCCAAAGAGCUACAAGACGCCGAUCCAGUCGUACAAUCGCUCUUUCAACUUGACAAUAAUCCCUUGGCGGAAACUUCACGUUAUUUGCGCGAGCAGAUGAUCAAAGAGGUGCAACGACAUCCGCUUGAUUAUGGUUCUAUGGAAGCAAAAUUGGCGCGUAUGACUGUGAGAAUUCGUAGUAUGCAAGAACAACUUGAUAAAUUCCCGAGAAAUAUCAAAUUGAAAGUAGCGUUAAAAGAACUAAUUGAUAAGCGAAAGAAGUUCUUGAAAUAUUUACGCCGUUGGGACUAUCGCAGGUUUGAAUGGAUGUUGGAGAAACUCGAUUUAGUUUACAAACCGCCACCAACAGAAUUCCAUUGGGUUACAAGAAAAGAAUCGCUUCAAAAGCUGACAGAUGCGCAUUGUGAGAAGAUCAAGGAGGAUCGUCUUGCUGAAUAUCGUCAAGUUUUAAAUGCGCAGAAGAUACCCUUCUUAGAAGACGCCAUCAAGAAAAUGGAAUUUGUGCGCAAAGAGCAGCUAGAUUUAGAAAUACCAGUCACGGUAACAGAAGAGCAAAUAGCGGACUUUAAAAGAGAACUUGAUUAUCUGAAAUCUGAACAAAAUACAAAAACCGAAGAUAAAGAAUAAGUAAAAAAGCCAUUGUUAAAUAUAAUAAAAUAAAUAAUUAUUCGUUAAUUAAA